GAGAGAGAGAGAGUUCUGAACUUAUGUAACAAGGAGUGGAGGUAGGAUAAGACCGUGAAGCUGGGUUGGAAAAUCUAAACCAAAGCAGGAGAGAAAAUACAUUGCCUGUAGUGAGGGAAGAGAAAGGAACAGGGGAAGGAGAAAGAAAAGGAAAGCUUGGACAGAGACAAGAAGAGACUGAGAAGCUGAGAAGAGUGGCCAAACAGGAUACUACUGAAUUCCAUUCAACGUGGAAAAUGUGAGCUUCUCUUUUUUAUUUUGUCAAAUGUUCUGUGACAGUAGCUGAUAUAUUUUAUGAAUCUAUAUACAUAUUUCAACAUUUUGAGUGAAUGUGACUGACUUUUAUUUAUUUUCUCUGCUCACAAAUGGGGUUUUCUUACUGCAGAUGGCUUUAUAUUGUGUAUUUGUGCAUGAUGGUUUUGUAAUUUAGCAUGAAUACAUGUGACUGUGGUGGAUAUUAAGUUCAUUAUGGGUCAAAAGGAAGUUGUUAUAAAGCAGAUAAAGUUGUUUAAGUUAUUCAAAGUUAUUACUGACACCAAUGCAAAUAUUAUGAAAUGUAUUCAACUCUCCCUGGUAACAUCUCUCUGAUCAAUGGAGGACUCUGUUGUUGUUACAGAUGGAGCUGUCAACUCGACCACCGCUGUUUGACUUCCAUGGAGUCUCCAUGAUCCACUACUUCACUGACAACUGGGAGAACAUACAAAACUUCCAGGCCAGACCAGAUGAUAUCCUCAUCGCCACUUACCCCAAAGCAGGUCUGUGUUUGUGUGUGUGUGUGUGUGUUUGUGUGUGUGUUUGUGUGCUGUCGACAUCUUGUAGGGAUAAAUGGAUGACAUGAGACGCAGCUCUUUGACAUGCCUCUCUCUCCCUCUUUAUCUCUCCCUCUUUCUCUCUUCCCAUUUCUCCAUCUUCUCUCCCCCUCUUUCUCUCUCCCAGGUACCACAUGGGUCUCCUACAUUCUAGACCUGCUGUAUUUUGGUCAGACAGCCCCUGAGCGUCAGACUUCACUUCCUAUCUAUGAGAGAGUGCCUUUCCUGGAGAGUGACUUCCAUAUUCUCCCUCCAGGUUAGAAUACAACCAUGAUAUAACUCUACACACUGUGAAGCCUUUAUCUUGAUUACACAUCAAUAAAGUUUGAAGGGCACUGUGUACUCCAAAUAGAUAACUGAUCAGCUGACAAUGAUGCUGCACUCAGAGUCUCAGUGUAGAUCAAAUCUUUGUCAUACUUGAAUACAGAAUCCGGAAAACACCAUGCACUAUACCGUAACCUGAUUAUAAAUACUCAUCAACAGCCAUUUUACUUUCACAAAGUAGAAGGAUAAAAAAAAUCUGAUGAAAUUUGAUACUAUGAGAAGUUGUGCCAACCACAUAUUCCAGCUACAUGACAAUAAGCAGUUUUACUGUAAAGUCAUCCUUAUCUCCAAAGAAUAACCGAACCAGAACCUCACCCCUCCGUACACACAGGAACGGAGCUGGCAGACAAGUUAUCCACCUCUCCUCGCCUCAUCAAGACUCACCUCCCAGUCCAGUUGGUGCCCAAGUCCUUCUGGGAGCAGAACUGCAGGGUACAUUAUGUGUAACUUUCUCUCUCUGCUUGUUGACUGUGUUGUCUGUGAAUAUGUCUCUGCUUGUCUCUGCUGGUGAAGCCUACUGUCUACAUUUGUGCAUCCUCAAACCUGCUGUGCUUUAUUUUGUGCAAUAAGUGAACUUCAUUGAUAACGUAAUUUGUGUGAAUGCCCAAUGGGGGGAAGCAUUGCAUUACACAGUACACUAAAUAGUGUACAGUGGCUUGCGAAAGUAUUCACCCCCCUUGGCAUUUUUCCUAUUUUGUUGCUUUACAACCUGGAAUUAAAAUUGAUUUUUGGGGGGUUUGUAUCAUUUGAUUUACACAACAUGCUUGAAGAUGCAAAACAUUUUUUAUUGUGAAACAAACAAGAAAUAAGACAAAAAAACAGAAAACUUGAGCGUGCAUAACUAUUCACCCCCCCAAAGUCAAUACUUUGUAGAGCCACCUUUUGCAGCAAUUACAGCUGCAAGUAUCUUGGGGUAUGUCUCUAUAAGCUUGGCACAUCUAGCCACUGGGAUUUUUUCCCAUUCUUCAAGACAAAACUGCUCCAGCUCCUUCAAGUUGGAUGGGUUCUGCUGUUGUACAGCAAUCUUUAAGUCAUACCACAGAUUCUCAAUUGGAUUGUGGUCUGGGCUUUGACUAGGCCAUUCCAAGACAUUUCUAUGUUUCCCCUUAAACCACUCAAGUGUUGCUUUAACAGUAUGCUUAGGGUCAUUGUCCUGCUGGAAGGUGAACCUCUGUCCCAGUCUCAAAUCUCUGGAAGACUGAAACAGGUUUCCCUCAACAAUUUCCCUGUAUUUAGCACCAUCCAUCAUUCCUUCAAUUCUGACCAGUUUCCCAGUCCCUGCCGAUGAAAAACAUCCCCACAGUAUGAUGCUGCCACCACCAUGCUUCACUGUAGGUAUGGUGUUCUUUGGAUGCAACUCAGCAUUCUUUGUCCUCCAAACACGACGAGUUGAGUUUUUACCAAAAAGUUAUAUUUUGGUUUCAUCUGACCAUAUGACAUUCUCCCAAUCCUCUUCUGGAUCAUCCAAAUGCACUCUAGCAAACUUCAGACGGGCCUGGACAUGUACUGGCUUAAGCAGGGGGACACGUUUUUCACUGCAGGAUUUGAGUCCCUGGCGGUGUAGUGUGUUACUGAUGGUAGGCUUUGUUACUUUGGUCCCAGCUCUCUGCAGGUCAUUCACUAGGUCCCCCCGUGUGGUUCUGGGAUUUUUGCUCACCGUUCUUGUGAUCAUUUUGACCCCACGGGGUGAGAUCUUGCGUGGAGUCCCAGAUCGAGGGAGAUUAUCAGUGGUCUUGUUUGUCUUCCAUUUCCUAAUAAUUGCUCCCACAGUUGAUUUCUUCAAACCAAGCUGCUUACCUAUUGCAGAUUCAGUCUUCCCAGCCUGGUGCAGGUCUACAAUUUUGUUUCUGGUGUCCUUUGACAGCUCUUUGGUCUUGGCCAUAGUGGAGUUUGGAGUGUGACUGUUUGAGGUUGUGGACAGGUGUCUUUUAUACAGAUAACAAGUUCAAACAGGUGCCAUUAAUACAGGUAACGAGUGGAGGGCAGAGGAGCCUCUUAAAGAAGAAGUUACAGGUCUGUGAGAGCCAGAAAUCUUGCUUGUUUGUAGGUGACCAAAUACUUAUUUUCCACCAUAAUUUGCAAAUAAAUUCAUUAAAAAUCCUACAAUGUGAUUUUCUGGAUUUUCUUUUCUCAAUUUGUCUGUCAUAGCUGACGUGUACCUAUGAUGAAAAUUACAGGCCUCUCUCAUCUUUUUAAGUGGGAGAACUUGCACAAUUGGUGGCUGACUAAAUACUUUUUUCCCCACUGUAUGCAUGCACCACUUUUCCAUUAUUUAUUUUUUAGAAUGUUUUGAAACAAGUCAUUUUUAAAAUUUCACUUCACCAAUUUGGACUAUUUUGUGUAUGUCCAUUACAUGAAAUCCAAAUAAAAAUCAAUUUAAAUUAUAGGUUGUAAUGCAACUAAAUAGGAAAAACGCCAAGGGGAAUGAAUACUUUUGCAAGGCAUUGUAUCUUACACCUCUCCAGAACCAACAUGUCUCCUUAUGGACUGCACAGACUCUAUAGAAGCUCUGUCUUUGUAAACAGUUUUUGUUGACCUAAUUUUUCGCUUUUCCAUUUCCUUCUUUGUAAUCAAGUCCUUUUGUAAUUGCGACGAUUUCUCUCUCUCUGUAGGUAGUGUAUGUGGCCCGUAAUGCCAAGGACAAUGCAGUGUCUUAUUUCCACUUUGACCGCAUGAACCAGGCCCAGCCAGAGCCAGGAGACUGGAACAACUUCUUACAGAGAUUCAUGGAUGGAAAGAGUGAGUGAAUGAGAGAACGAAAGAAAGAAAUUAUAAUGAGUAGGAGAGAUAACACAGUACAGAUGCUGCUGAUGCUCUGUGAUUCUGGCUUAUUGAUAAAUCUCUUUCAUGACUAUGUAUAUCUCUAUCUAUCUCUCUAACAUCCUCUCAUGUCCACAUGGCUGCUUUCCUCAGUGGUGUUUGGUCCCUGGUACGACCAUGUGAAUGGCUGGUGGGAGAGGAAACAGACUCACUCUAAACUCCACUACCUUUUCUAUGAGGAUAUGGUUGAGGUCAGUAGAAUAACUACCUCCUGUGCCAUAAAGGUGCUGAUCUCUUUGCAGAUUAUUUAGCGGAUUAAUUUACAUAAAGGUAGGCUGUAAAUCAGUGUUAUAUUGUUACAUUGAUCAUCUUUAGCAUUAUCUUUCAGUGAGGAAGUAUCCAGUGUGUGUCUUCCUGCAGGAUACGGGACGAGAGCUAGACAGGCUGUGCUCCUUCCUAGGUUUGUCUACUUCAGCAGAGGAGAAGGAGAGGGUGAGAGGAGGAGUGCAGUUUGACAACAUGAAGAAGAACAACAUGGCCAACUACUCCACCAUCCCAGUCAUGGAUUUCAAGAUCUCUCCAUUCAUGCGAAAAGGUCAACUUCUCUAUUUCUCUCCUACGCCUCUCUCUCUCUCUCUGUCAGUCUUUCUGUCUGCCUCUAUGACCCUUUCUCUGCUCACACACCCUCUCUGUCACACUCCAGGAAAGGUUGGUGACUGGAAGAACCAUUUCACUGUGGCCCAGAGUGAACAGUUUGAUGAAGACUAUAAGAAGAAGAUGAAAAACACCACUGUACAGUUCCGCACUGUAGUUUAGGGGUUGUGGUCAGGUUGACUGUGGUGCAUAUGCAUCUCAGCUCUUCUGGAAUCAUGGUGCUGAAAUGUACAAUAUGCUGAUACUAUCCCUACUGUAUGAAUAAGAGAGCUAAUGAUGUGUCUUAUGUAUAGUUGACCAAAUAUUAUUGAUAUAAACA